AUUGCAGCUUGUCCAGUACAUUCCGUAGGCAUCGAGACAUCACUUAACGUUCAUGAUUGCUGGUGUAAAUACUUUUACCCAGGAGAUCCAGAAGUUGAUCCAUGCAGAAGACGAACAGAAAGUAAUACAUGAGAGAAAGUAGAAUAAAUCUAACCAUAAAGAAAACAGAAAUAUAGGUCAUUUAAUUACUAAUUCAGUAUUCAAACAGAGUAUAUUCUUUAACUUUUAAUUGCGUCUCAACAGUUUUUCAUGUAGUGAAAUAAAGGACUCUAAACGAAAUUUGGAAUUAAAACUAUAACUUCUUUUUCCCCAUUUAUAGGCGAUAUGAGAAGUAUUGAUGAUUCAAUAGAGGUUUUAAUCCAUGAUGUUAAUACACAACCAAGCAGCCCAAUGAAGUUUAGACGAGACCAAACAAGAAGACUGUUUGCAUCUUUAAAGACGGAGAACUUUCUUGCGCAACAGGUCUCUUUCUCCUGGAAGAUAAGCCAACUCUCACUGUCACCUUUAAACAUUUCUGAUCAACCAGAGUUGCUAGUGCCCGACACUCUUGAGCUGAACUUACGACCAAACUUGCUGUCGACAGGACUUAAACUUGUAACAUUUGAGCUGCGACAAAAAUCCGGAUCUGAACUGACAGCUCGAGACUUUGCUUUCAUCGAAGUUCUUAAUUCGGCACUGAAAGUUUCCAUUACGGGAGGAACUGAAGUUUUUCGAUCCAUAGAUAAACCAAUUUUAUUGGAUGCCAGUGCUUCGUAUGACACCAGCCUUAGUGCUUUUAGUUCCUCGGGAAUGAAAUAUGAUUGGUCUUGCUUAAUAAUAACAACACAAUCUAACGUCUCCAGAAACUAUACUCCAGUGUCAAACGUCACCUUUCGAGGUUCAGAUGGCAUAUACGACACAUUUGUCGGUGCGUCUGCAAAUAGAACCCUCUUUCAGUUGCCGGAAGAUGUCUUUCUUCAGGGCAACGAAAAAGCCAUAGUGACCUUAGAUACCAAAAGACUCAUCAGCAAUCAAGCAUACUAUGUGGUUCUGACGGUAACCAAGGAUAUCCGCGUUGCAAGUGGCAUUCAGAUUGUUCACGUUCGCGACGAAGAUAUACUCGACAUUCGUAUUUUGUAAGUUUAAUUCAUAGCUGCAAGGAAGCUGAUGGUUACCACUGGCAUAUGCAGAGCUGAAAUAUUUAGUAUCUAACAUAAGAGUUGUCCUCUUCCACGUUUUCAACGCCGAGAAUGAACAACGUAGAAUAGAUUAAAGUCUGCUGAUCUGCACGCAAUCCCAUGAGAUAUAUUAAAUUAUUAUACAUUCAACUCAUUAUCUCUUUUCCGAUUGGCCAAAAGCGUGAAUUUUCGAAAUUAGCGCCUGGGACGUCAUCUAGCUGCAGAUUAUACUGAGAAUAAUCAUGUCAAGGUAACGGGCAGUCAUGUCAUGUGUAACAACAGUGGAUGAUCGUUAUUUGUAAGGGUAAUCAUAUCAAGUACGCGCGCUUUGUGUUGCUUGCCAAGCAAAAGCAAAAACAUAUAUUUUCGUUCAAGGAAAAAAGAACCAUCAUUAGCUUCGGUUUCUGUGAUAUCCAGAAUAAUUAAGGUCUCGGUAAGGAUCAUCAGCCUCAGCCUUUGGCUUCGGCUCAUAACCCUUGCCUCGACCUUGAUUAUUCUGAAUAUCAAAAAAACCUCAUCCAAUAGUUUUUUAUUAUUUUUCAUAAGGAGGUUGGAAACAACAUCCCUUUCUCAUCAAUGACCCUCCAACUUUGACGCAAAUGUUCAAUUGGUUAUGUUGCAAUAAGAGUAAAUACAAACAAAAGCAUAAGAAUUUAUUCGAUUAAAGUGUGGCAUAGUUGUUUAGAUAACACCCCUGCUUCUUCAACAAAGAACUUGGCAGUGAUAUACAUUCGUUUCCCUUCAAAUACGAACCAUCUUAAAGGAAUAAAUAAGGACGAAUACAGGAGAUUCGAUGAGUAGAAGAUUGCUUCUUAUUUUCUUUGCACAGGUGCACCAUGAACUGUGACUCACCAGCCAGUGCAUCUUCUCUUACCUUCCUACGAACUGACUGCAAUUCAGCUCGUUGUCCUGUGUCCCUCAAGUACAGAUGGAGCCUGGUGAAAAACGAUGGAAACAAUUCUAACCCCAAAUGGUCUACUCAGAUACACUUUAAACAUCUCCUGGGUACAAAAGUGGAUUCAAAAAACUUUGUGAUUAAAGAACAAAUGCUUGAACCCGGGUCCUCCUACAAAAUCAAGGUUGACGUUCUAUCUCCAAACGGCUCAUUUGGCUGGGCGGUAUAUCAAAUUGACACAUUGGCAGUUCCAUCAGGAGGAAUAUGUCAUGCCACUCAGUUGGAUAGGAAAGAUGUAGGAUGUUGGCUAAACAUUACCUGUCAAGGAUGGAGUGAUGAAAAUGUGCCUUUAACCUAUGAAUUCUUCCAGGAAUCAAAAGAUGGAGAACUCGACAUGUUGUCCUCUGGAGUUUGGCCUUACAGUGUUGUUUAUAUUCCACCUUCUGAUGAGGCUGUUGCUCGUCUUCGGGUUGCGAUUGCUAAUGUUUUUGGAGCGGCAUAUAGAGUAGGAUUUUCUAUCAAGGUAUUAGUAAUUAGAUGGUGAGAACCAGCCUUAAGUAAUUAGCAAAUUAUCCUGCAAUUCGAAUUCUUUGUUUGAUUUUAGAUAAAGGUAACUUCGUUGAGGUACAUUCGCUACUCGCCGAAGCAUUUAGAAAAGUUUCUUAUUUUUUACUUUAUUAUUUUGGAGUCCAUAUCUAUUUAGUAACCAUUGUUCGUGGUGCCUGUUCCAUUAACGCUGCACCAUAUUGUGGGAUGCGGAAGACGAUGAACGAGGUUUGCAAUUGGCCACAAAGCAAACGAGCGCAAACAGCCAAUAGCACACAGUGGAACUUUGACAAAGAAACUAGAUUCCCUGAUACAUCUUACUUUCUCGAUUACUCAUCACUGCAUCUCUACCCAAUAAAUCUCAAGGAGGGAAAAUAGUUGUACUUUCCCUCGUAAAGAUAUUUAAUGCGGUCAGUGAUCUGCUUAAAUAAAUCUUUAACUGUCUUUUUUUCACAGCUAGAUCAAUCAUCUUCGUUGUCAGCAGAAGAGAUAGACUAUAACAAGCUGCAGGAAAAACUUUCAGUUAUGGAUAAUUCUUUUUCUGUGGGAAAAGUAAAUACAGCAAUACAAGAAGCACACGCACUUCUCUUCUUAUUCCAAAAGGCUGCAAAGCAGGACGAUGUGAAUCGGAACCUACUUCAAGUAAGUAAAGUGGAUUGAAUGUAAAAAAAUGGCUUUGCAAUUUUUGCAUAGAAACGUGUGUUUUCUGUGCCGCCGCAACAUAAUUUUAUAGGGUGCAGAAAAUAAAGGAUUAAUUUUUCUCAAAACAGCUUUAAUAAUCAGAGGUUUCAGAGGUUCUUCGCCGCUGCCUGCAACAUCAAGGCAUACCAACCGUUUUCAAGUCAGACACAACACUUAGGUCUCAUCAAGUAGUAGAAUAGGAUAGGAUCGAAAUGCACCAAUAGCAGCGUACCAACGUGCUGACGUGAUGAAGACCAGCAGUAUUGCAGACGAAACGUCGCGAUCUACAUUAUAAGUGACUCUAUCGUGAGACAAACGAGCAAAGUUCAUCUCCAAUCAUUCAAUGCUGUGUAAAAAGGCUGAAAGAUUCCCACCAUGCACGUACAUAUAAGGUUUCUCUUAAUCUCCUUUAAUUAGAAUAGCUUUACAUAAGUUGUAUAAAUGGCUCACAGCUUGACGUGUAAAUUGUUGAAACAUGUGUUUGAUACAACAUUUUUCUCUCACUGCAGAUGAAGAAUCACGUUAUUUCUAAGAUCUGUGAAGUACGGAUUGAUAGCGGACUGGAGCGUUUGGCCCAGAUUGGUGUUAUCUUGAACAAAGCUACAAAAGAUGACGCCCUUGUCUCGUUCAAUACAACGGUAUGAUACUGAACUCGUUACCUCAUAUUUUUGUUUGCAGAAUCAAACUUGAGUUUUAAUGCACGUUAGACUAGACUCUUGUUAAAAAGCUUUUUAUAAGAUUCCAAGACUUCAUUAAAAAAUAUAAAUCGAUUGAUAAUAUCUUGGUAGACCUGUUUGUGUCGUGUACAAGUCUUACAAACAAACCUCAACUAUUUAUUUCCAUGACUUCAAAAUGACUUUUAUCUUUUAGAUAACUGUAUUGGAUAAACUGAUGGAGAUGUCAACCCUCUUUUCACGAAGAAGCAGGUCUGAAUCCCCCCUUCUUCUCGAUGGAGGAAGAUUGUUGUUGUAUUGUACUACAAAUAUUAUGGGAUCCAGUUCCAAGAGAAUCCUUAUGUCUAAAAUUUCUGCUAACCUCGAUGAAGAGAAAGAGGUAUUCCCUUAAAGGUUCAUAAUAUUACACCUUCAUGUGAUGAGCCACAUUUAUUUCCAGUAUCUUAAUGGAGCAAAUAUGAAACAAAUAUUUCUGAUGUGAAGAGUUUUUUGGCUCGUGAUUCAUGUGGAUGCUAGAUCCAACUUAAGAUUUCUUUGCACUUUUAGAUUACCAUGGGAAAGAUAGUUUCUAGCCGUUGUCAAGAGUUAACAGACAUGAUUGCCAACACACUUCUGUCAAUUAAGCUGCCAGGGGAGGAAUACACCAUCAUCAGCAAUGAAUUUCAAUCGAUUUUAUUCGGUAAAGAAGAGUCAAUGGACAUGGACCUUUUAAAACUCAGAAAUGGAGAAGCCAGUUUUCAGUUCCCCUCUAUGAAUACCAGUACGUUGCAAAUUUGGCUUGGCAACGUCUCUGAGGUUGGAAUAGAGGUGUGUCGUUGUUGUUACACUGAGUAUAUUGUGAUGGUAAAAGCUCUAAUUGCAAUUUAAUAGACAGCCUGACAGAUGCCUUCAUUAAAUUUUAAGGCUCAGGGUUGUCCUCUCUACUAUCCACAGGAACCCCGAGCACAGUUACCCAAGAUUAACAUAACUUGAAGUUGCACAUGCAUAAGAUCAACAUUUUAUACUUAAAACUAAUGUUUACACACACGCGUAAGAUAGACAUUCCAUACUUAGAUUUAAUGUUUAUACAAUAUACUGUCAUCUAGAAAACUUUUUAAAAAAAUAAUUUAUGUAAAUGACAAUAAUUCUUGUAAGAUAUGUUAGUUAUCUUUGAGAGAUGACAGGAUAACAAAAUGACCGUAACAACAGGUCUUUUCGUACCUUCUCUUUCCUUCCCCCUUGCACGUCUAUUUCACUUCACGCCUUAAAACUUUCUCAUAGGUUAAGAUUGAGGAUCCAUUGCUUGGAUCUUUUGAUAUAAUGACAGCCCUCUAUGAUCCGUUUAACUCACCUGCAAGGGUUUCGUAGUUCAGUUGGAUGGCAAAAUCGGAAAAGUUCGGCUAGACUUCGAGUCCUCAAAAGAGAAUCAAUUUUUUUUUGCUUUAUUUUACUGACAAGUAUUAAAAUACGUAAAUCUUACUAUGACGUCGUUUUCUACCUUGCAGAUGAUCUCCUAUAAUUUUAACCCAUAUGUGUCGGACAGCAGCAGCCAAAGAAUCAGAUCGAAGGUUGUCAGCCUUGUCCUGAAGGAUGACACUGGGAAAGCUUUCAACACAAUAGAUCUACCCUCGGAUAUAGAAAUUGAUAUUCCAGUAUCAAAAUAUUAUCUCGAAGACAGAACUCGAUCGAAUCAUUUCCUAAACCCUAAAAGGAUGCAAUAUCACGUGAUAACCGUACGUGAGGACAAUACUACCAUGAAAAUAACUAUUAAGACCAAAGCAACAGCUUCUAUUAUGGUCUAUGUAAAAUUUGCUGAGCAGCCAACAGAGACAUCAUACGACGAGAAAAGAUUAAACAGCAGAAACAACGAAUGUAAUUUCAGAGGAAUUUGUUCCCAUAGUAUCGUCAUAAAAUGCAGGUAUUCAGGCAAAUAUUACGUUGGCUUAUGGAAGAACAGUGAAUCUCCAACAGAAUUGUCAAAGUCAAGAGGUAGAAGAUCCAUCCUGCCAAAGCAAGCGACGCGAGAGAAGUGCGUAAGGUUCAAGAAUCCUCCACCAACAGUUGUUCCUCAAGUAGAGUAUGUCAGUUUUGUCCCUCAGUACGAUUCUGAAAUGUCAAUUAACUACAGUUUGCAAGUGGAGACAAUCUGGUGUGCAUUUUGGUCUGAUAAUGAACAAAGAUGGACAAGCAAAGGAUGCAAGGUGAGAAAAAUACAGAGAAAGCAUAGAAUGAGUCACUCAUUAACAAAAGAGACAAUGAAAUGCAUCCCAGACCGUGUGACAGAAGUUUUUAAAAUAUUGAUUUUUAGCUAUUGGAAUGUUUUGGAGAAAGAACGAAGAGGUUUAAAGAACUUAAUGUAUUCAGUAUGUCAACAAUAACGUUUCUAAAAGGCACAAAAACGACAACAUGUAAUAUAUUCUAAAAUGGAAAAUAGAUAUAGACAGUAACUGGGCGCCCAAAAUAACCAACUAAUUGCUUUUAAAACUACCAUAGGUAGAGUUUUUGUUUACCACUGUGUCGCUUAAAGCGCAAAUGUCUUCAUUAUUUUCCCAAGAAUAAUGUGUUCGAGCGAAUCUUGCCUAAGCUCUGAACCGUUUUCCGACUCGAAUCAUCUCAGUAAAAAUGGAAAUUCCUAUUGCAAUGUUCAUUUUUAUAAACUUUAUAAACUUUAUAAUAGCUGUAAAAUUCCUUUUCACAGAGAUUUCCAUAUAGAAGGUAAGUAUGGGCUCUUUUUCUGGGUGCAUAGCCUGAAGUAAGAUAUCAACUCACAAUCAAUUGAUACUCUCUUGAACUAAAAAUAUAUUGGAACCUAACAGGCAUAUUAACAACCAUAAAUGAAAUGCAUUGAUUUACAGGCGAGCCGAGAAUCUAACCAUUCUUCCCUAAAAUGUCUCUGUAAUCACUUGACUGCAUUUGGGGGAGACAUUCUUGUUGCACCAAAUAUCAUUGACUUUCAACGGGUCCAGCAGGCGUUUGAUAACGUGUAUCCAGAUGACCUUCUCGUCUUGAUAACUUUGUGCUCUACAUUUCUGCUCUACGUUCUUGUUUUGGUAAAAGCACGCAUGGCCGAUAAAGUGGAUGCCUCAAAGGUUGGUGUCAAAUCCAAAAUAUUCCAAAAGAAUUUUAAGUAAUGACGAUGCCAUUCGCUGUUUGUUCGAAAUCCGAAAAAAAAUCCUAAUCAUAGUUAAGUGAGAGAAAAUAUAGGUCGACCUAAGGAUGAAAUAAAAGUAAAGAAAUGAUCCACGCAGGUCAGCUGCGAUUAAAAGGAUCCCCUGUAAAAAUUUCCGGCUUUUUUCGAGCGACUUGUUUGAUGCAGCUCAUCUAUGAAGAUCAUUUCUUUUCUCAGAAAAUCUCACCAGUUAACAACUAAGAAGUUUCACGAACUAAAUUUAUAUGGCAUUGAAUUUUGAUUUUUUACAGACUUAUUGAACAAAUAUUUUGGACGUUUGAAUAUGAAUAAAUCCUAAAACUUAUCGUUAUGAUUUACAUAUUGUCAGUGUUUUUUCAUCGUUAUUUAAGAAUACACUUGUUUAAGAAGCAAGACAAUUCGUAAAAAAUUAUUUUGAGACAAGCUUGAGGCAAAUGGUUUCUGUGAGGUUUAAUGUCCAGCUUGACGAUUUAUUUAAAACAGGAAAUUAUGCUCACUCAAUUUGCUUUUCUAUUUAAGGACAGUCCUCUGAUACCCUUGGCGGCGCAUCAAAACGGUGAUUACAAGUACGAGGUAUCCAUAACAACUGGGGGAUGGAAAAAUUGUGGUACUACUGCCAAUAUAUCCAUGAUUCUACAUGGGAAUGAAAAUACCAGUGACGUUAUCAAACUGACAUGUGACAUCCCAUGUGAAAGGAAACUGUUUGCUGAAGGCAACACUGAUAAUUUUCUUAUUCGACAGGAAAUGCCGCUGGGCGAGAUAAUUUCUGUGCAGAUCGGCCAUGACAUUUCUGGCGAGGACCCUUCUUGGUUUAUCAACGAGAUUUUAGUUGUGGAUUGUCAAAAGGAACGAAGAUGGUUGUUCAGUUGUUACCGCUGGCUUGCGCUAGAAAGGGAUGACGGUCAGACCACGAGGAUAUUUUAUGCAGAUAAUUGCAAAGAAGGCGAAAAGUUCAAAAGAAAAUUUAGCGCAUUACGAAGGAAUGGUUUUGCUGAUGAUCACUUGUGGCUGUCGGUGAUCCGCAAGCAGCCAAGGAAUCCUUUCACCCGCGUUCAGCGAGCAUCCUGUUGUUGGAGCCUUCUCAUGCUGUCAAUGGUAACAUCCGCUAUGUUUUAUGAAACAGAGGACCUAAAACAGAGGAAAAUACGGAUUGGUCCUUUUUCACUGACUCCGAGUCAACUUGUCAUCGCGUUGGAAAGUGCCUUGGUUGUUGUGCCUGCAGGUCUGCUAAUUGUGCUCUUGUUUCGUAAAAGCGAACCUAGGAGAAACAGUCAAGGUAACCGGUAUCAAUUGGGGAAAAGCAAGAGAGAAGGAUGGUGUUUACUUCCCCAUUUCUUUGUAUACAUCGCAUGGUUUCUCUGUGUGAGUAUUGCAAUUACUUCCGCCCUUUUUACGGUGUUUUACUCCCUCAUGUGGGGAGGAGAGAAAUCGUCUCGCUGGCUUACAUCUGUUCUGCUUUCCUUAACUGGUGAGUUGCUGGUCAUCCAGCCCGUCAAGAUAAUCAUUGCAUCUGCAAUCUUAGCAUUACGAUACAGGAGUGAUGACAAGUCAACAAAUAAAAGUUAUCUAACGGAUGCAUCCAACAAUUUGGAUCUUCCAUCGAUAGAUGUCGAACGCGGAAGGAAGUAUAGGAAAAACAAGAGGAAAAUGUAUGCAUUCAUGAAGGAACUCUUGUUUUCUUUAACUUUCUUCGUGCUUUUAUUGACUGUCUGUUAUGGAGACAAAAGCAGGCAGAGAUAUCAUCUACGAGUUGCUAUAGAAAGUGAAGUCCAGUAUUUCGACAAUGUUGGACAGUACAAGGUACGUUUCUGUAGACCUGUAAUCAAUCAAUGCCUAUGGUUUGUCUUCCUAAAAUAUUUGAAAUGACUUCGUAAAUAUUUGAGAUUGUACGCACACUCUCAUUGGUAGAUGGUGUGUUUAGAUUAGGGUAAAUAACCACGAUUAUGAAAUCCUGCUUUACUUAUUUCGUAGAUAUAUUUAUCAAAGCAACAGAGGGUUUUCCGAGUAUUUUAAUCGCCUCCUAGAAACACUCAGGGGGUUGGGAAAAUUCAAGAAAGUUAUCCAAACCCGAGACACAGUCGACAGCUUACAUAAAUUUCUCCCAUAUUACCUUCAUGUUAUGGUUAAACUAUGCAAACGCGGAAGAUGUCCUCUAUUGCCUAAAUUGUGUUUAGAUUCAAAGCUUUAAAGACCAUUGUAUCUAGAAGUGUUAGUUGAGAUGGGUAUGUAUUUUAACGUUUGUAAAGGUUGGUUCAGUUAAGAUAUCAUGAUGUUCGUUCGUUCUCGUUUUCAAAUUUUCACUGAAAAUAAUUUUGAAUGUUAAAACUUACCAGGUAACCAACGUGGCUCAGUUUUGGAGGUGGCUGGAGAACGCGUUUGUCCCAGUGAUCUUUUCAGAGGGCUGGUACAAGGAUCAGGAGGAAAAAGGAUUAAACUACAUCAGAAAUGAUAGAUCGACUCUGGUCGGCAUGCCUCGCCUAAGGCAACUCAGGGUCAUGAAAGGUAAGCAUAUAUCGAAAUUGAGUCGGACUCAAUUGUAAGACUGUGACAACAUACGUUAUCGCGGUUUACUCAUCCUAAGAUGUUUUUCUUCGUUCUCCUAUACUACUUGUAUUUUUAUUGCAUGCUAUUAUGUCUUUUUAAUGGAAUUAUCUACCCCACUCCAAAAAGGGGAAAUUAAUAUAUUCAAACUAAGAAGUUUGACCCCCAAACCAGUUGACUCAGUAACACUUGAAGAUCGAGAAAAAAUUAUUGGCUAGUUGCAAAGACUCCAGGAGAGCAAUAUCUUCCAUGAUUAGAAGAAAAGAAAUGAUUGAAAUGCAAUGAUUAUACCUGGAACUUGGAUCUUUGAAAAAAGGGUCUAAACUCAUUCUAUUCUUUGAACAGAUUCCUGUGUGUUUCAACAAAUAUUCAAAAGCAUGUUUACUUAUUGCUACGGUCCCUUCUCAAAGAAAGAAGAGGACAAAAGAACUUGGAUUGACCAGAAUAGUUCCUCAGUUCUCUGCCCAGAAAAUUGGGAGUACGACGGAGAUGGUGGCUUUGAUACUUGGGGUCAUUUUGCUGUUUACAGUGGCGGAGGAUACAUAGCUAAUUUAGGAUACAACAAGUUUACAGCUAAAAGAAUUGUCAAAGACUUAAAAGAAAACCACUGGAUUGAUCGUCAGACCAGAGCUGUACUGGUGGAGUUCUCGCUGUAUAAUCCACCGAGUAACCUUCUUGCCGUGAUGACUUAUUACUUCGAAGUCCUUCCAUCAGGCUUUGCCGGCAUAUUCAAGAGUUAUGGAAUUUUGUCUCUGAGUGCAACGAACCCUCAAGCCCAUAACAUUUACUUGCUUUUUGCAUUUCUGUUUGGCAUUCUACUUGUUUGCUUCUUCAUUUUGGAAUGCAUCAAACUCUGUCGUCAGAGCUGCUUGUAUUUCAAGUCAGGGUGGAACUGGUUGAACAUGCUACAGAUAGUCACUGCAUCAUCAGCAUUGUUCCUCCAAUGGAUGAAAACCAAGGCAGCAAAAAUAACGUUGUUCAAACUAAAGGAAAACCCUUUUGUUCCCAUUGGCUUCCAUGAGGUGUUACUUUGGUCUGACCUUGAAAACCUGGUCAUUUGCAUAGCGUCCGUAACUGCCACCUUGCGUCUUCUAAAAUGCUUGUAUUUCAUGCCACAAAUUAUAGUUUUCUCGGGGACACUCCGCAGAUCCUUUCCUUCAAUAUCUUCUUUCUUUUUGAUCUUUAUGGUAGUAGCGAUAGGUCAUUCUUUCUUAGGGGUCAUCGCCUUCGGAACCAAUAUUUACAUGUUCUCAUCAUUCAUAGACGCCAUUUCGUCGCAGUUUCUGAUGCUCCUUGGAAAAAAUAUUCCAGUAAAUGAACUGAUUUCUACAAAUCCUAUAUUGGGACGUUUUUUCUUUUUUAGUUUUGUCGCCAGUACGACAGUCAUUAUCGUAAAUACGUUCAUUGCAACCAUUAAUGAGCACUACGCUUCUUCAAAUUCCGAUAAAGGAGGAGAAGACCUAGAACUUGCACAGUUUAUAACCGAAAGGAUAAGUGACACUUUGUUUGGCCAGAAAUCCAACAGAAACCAGCCGUGGGUAGAACAAGAGAACCACGAGCUCUUUGAUUCCGAAAUUAUCGUAGAAAAUAGUUCGCCGGAAGAAACUACUCCAAGUACCUUAUCUCCAACACCGCAUUGUAGCCGAACACCUAAAUUAUCUUACAAACUAGAAGCGGCCGAGUACGAGAGUUUACAGCUUCGAUGA